UACCUGUUCUUUUCACCAUUCUUCUCAUCUCUAUCCUUUAAUUUCUUUAAAAAAAAUUACAAAUCAAACACAAAAAUGGCAGCAGCUGCAAUUUCUACAAUCUCAAUGAUCGAUUCCAACAUGGAAGUUGACAAAUUAACAUACGAAAUCUUCUCCAUUCUCGAAAAUAAGUUCCUCUUUGGCUACGAUAAUGACCCAAAACUUUCUUCUGCAUGCGUAGAUAAUCUCAAUUUCUCCACCCCUAAGAAAAAUGUCCCCGCCGGAAAAAUCAGGAUUCUCUCUAUUGACGGAGGUGGGUCCACUAAUGGCAUCCUCGCUGCUAAAUCUUUAACCCAUUUGGAAACAACCCUUCGUCGGAUAACCGGAAAGAAAAACACCCACAUUGCUGAUUUCUUCGAUGUAGUCGCCGGGUCCGGUACCGGCGGGAUCCUCGCUACUCUUCUCUUCACUCGUGGGAAAGAUGGGGUUCCUCUUUUCACAGCAGAGGAAGCUCUCAAAUUCCUAAUCGAGAAUAACCGUAAAAUCUCUCGAUCUUCUUCAAAUGGAGUUCUCCAGCGUGUUUUCCGGCCACCGGUGAAGGUGUUCGGAAAAGUGUUCGGCGAUUUAACUUUAAAAGAAACUGUAAAAGCAGUUUUAAUCCCCUGCUACGACCUCACCACAAGAUCACCGUUCCUUUUCUCCCGUGCUGAUGCUUUAGAAAUGGACGGCUGUGAUUUUAAGCUGUCAGAUGUAUGUGGGGCCACAAUAGCUGAUCGUACGGUGGAAGUGAAAUCAGUUGAUGGAAGACGAAAGAUCACAGCCGUUGGUGGUGGGGUCACCAUGAAUAAUCCAACGGCUGCUGCUAUCACUCAUGUUCUUAACAAUAAACAAGAAUUUCCCUUUGCUAAUUCAGUUGAAGAUUUGUUAGUAAUUUCAUUGGGCAACGGAGAAUCAGAUUCCGGCACCGGAAACAUGACUUCAUCACCGGCGGCAUUUGUUAAGAUCGCCGGAGAUGGAGCUGCCGACAUGGUAGAUCAAGCUGUAUCAAUGGCAUUUGGAGAAUUUAGAAACAAUAACUAUGUUAGAGUACAAGGAAAUGAAAUUAUUGGAAAAAAACAACAUAUGAUAAAAGAUGAAAAAAUGAGAAAAUCAAUUGUCAUUGCUGAGGAAAUGCUAAAGCAGAAAAAUGUGGAAUCGAUAUUAUUUCAAGGGAAAAAAUUGGUGGAAAAAACAAAUUUAGACAAAUUGGAAAUAUUUGCAGGUGAAUUAAUCAAAGAAGAAGAAAUGAGGAAAAAUAGUAUAUUAUCUCCAGUUGUUUUGAAACAAUCACCAUCAUCUCCAAGAACAUCAUCUGCAACAACUUUAUCGACUAUUUCAUCGUGUUAAAUUAAUUAAAAUAAUACGAAAGAUCAUUGUAUGCAUCAUGAUCAUAUAUUAGCUCGAUUUUAAGUUAGAUUAGUAAGACGAGUUAAGUUAACUCGUUGAAUCAAGGGUUUGAAGCCACUCGCGAUGAAUGAUAUAAUCUUAAACAUCCGAGUUUGCGCUUAAGUUUUCAGUUUAUUUAUUUUAGGUUGAUUUUGUUGUAAAAUGUAAAUUUAGGUUAUGAAUCUUGAUGAAUGUGUGUGUAUUUUUGUUGUUAA